AUAACGCGUGUGCGUGAUUUUUUUCUGCUAUUGUAAUCAUCAUAAUCAGUCUUUUUCGGAAAAGUAAAAAUCGCGAUUUCUUUUUGACUGGUGUCCAGGCAUUUUCGGUGACACUGUCAUUGUUUUAAGCUCACUUCAAUACCGCUCAAAGAUGACCAUAUCGGACCCCCGGCACCAAUAACACCAGGAAGAUGGCCUUGCUCAACUACAGCACGCCCUACCUGGCCACCCCCAAUCCACCCCUGCCCCACUACUACCAACCCCAGCAGCCGUACCCUCCCUAUUCUCCUCCCCAAGGCGGCUACUCCUACCCUCCACCGCAAAAACCAUUCUUGUUCGAAGACAACUCCCCCUACCUCCAGCAGCGGCCUUCGCAACAACUUCCACAGUCGCGCGGCCCAAGUCAAGCUCAGCCGCGCGGCUCAGUACAAGGUCAGCCGCGCCGUCAAGGUCAGGGUCAGCCGCAAGGUGACGGUUACGCCGGAGGUCGGCCGGUUCAAGGCCACCUGCCGACCUUCGCGAGAGUGACAGACGAGGGAACGAAGACCAGAGUGCACGCGGUGAUAGACUACGAUUAUGAUGAGGAGGAGGAGGCAGUUGAGCAUGGCCGACUGUCGGUGACGCCAAUACAGGGACCUAUUUUUCUUAGGAACGGUUCUGUGCCGGUGGUGCCGCUUUAUUCGCAUCCAGUGUUGCAGAACGGGACUUUUGUUCAAAUACCGAUAUUAUGGACAGCACUAUCCGUGGCAUUAGGUUUAGAAUUGAGGGGAGAAUAUAUCAGAGGAGUUCCUUGCAUAAAACGGAACCAACAACUGUACUGUCCUACAGCAGGAAAUUCUUAUCCUCUAGAUCGAAUAGAGCUGUUCAUCGACGAGAACAAAGCCUUGAUGAAACGCAUGUACGGCGAAUUCGACAUGCCGGACUACGACGCCCGUAGCGGGCCCGGAGCGAAGCGGAAGCGGGCCGCCAAGGCAGGGCCGGACCUCCACUUCGAUCCGGGACCGGAGCCGGCCGCGGCCGAGGAGCCGCCGACCGCGAAGAGCAGGAGCCCGAGGCAGAAUUUCAGGAACAAUCAGAGCUCAGAGAGCGGCAGGGUCGAUGCCUGUGAGAGUAAAAUAGAAAUAGUGACGCCAUAUUGGGCAUCAAAUUCAGCUGGAAAAGUUCGAGCCAUAGUAAAUACGCAACAUUUUGAGCAAGCCAUUCAUCAAGAAGUCUGCGCAAAAAGUAGUACAAAAAGGUGCACAGACGAUUGUGGCUGUGAACAGAAAUACAAAUGGCAUCGGCUUCUAGCCUACGAUCCAGAUAAUGACUGCAAAGGAAUAUUCAUGGACUGGUUCCUUUUUCCAUCAUGCUGCGUAUGUAGAUGCAGCCCGAAUUAGAAGAUUCAUCUCGAUACCAACUGAAUACAUAUCAACAUAUCCUACGAUACAAGUGACAUUAAAAU